AGCAGCGACACAAUACUGCACCGGCCAUGUCCAAGCGGCUCUUUGGCAAGCAGAAGGCAUUUGAGGACCUAUCUGGCGGCUUCCAACGUGGUCUCUUGCAGAAGGAUGAUUUGGCGCGCUAUGGUAUCGCAGGCAAGAUACUACAUGUCGCCUACGAUCAGGUUCAAUCGCUUGUCGCAGUUGCUACAACUCACGGCGCCAUUCAUGUGCUAGGUCAAAACGGUGUUGAAGUUGUCUAUGUACUCCCAGCCGGCUGUACAGCGCAUCAUUUAUGCUUGCAUCGGUCGCAUUUGACCGCCAUUGACCAGCGCAACACAUUGCAUACAUGGCUUCUCGAAGACUGCCGCGACUCUCGCCCGGCCGCUGUCUAUGCACUUCGUGGAGUCGUCACUGCAAUUCAUGUAGAGCCGAGCGUGGAUUGGCUCUUUCUUGGCAUGACGGACGGCUCUAUUUGUGUAUGGGAUCUGGAGGGCGAGCAAAUGACAACAUACAAGGUCAAGAACCUGUAUUUUGAAAGGCAAGAAGAAGCCAGAAUGAUGGAGUAUGACUGGGCUGUGCCGAGAUAUCACAUAUCCCCUGUGCUGUCGCUUCAAAUUCAUCCGCUUGAUCUUGGCAUGCUUCUCGUUGGCUAUCCUGAUGGUGCUGCGCUCUAUUCAUUCAAGGAUGGAUCGUGCAAAGCCUUUUUUGAAACAACCAUUGCUGCAGAUGGUCACAAAGCUCAACAGCGGCCUCACUUGACAUGCGCGACAUUCUCCCCUGACGGCAACUUUGUGGCUACAGGUCAUCAAGACGGUUCAUUUGCCUUCUUCAAUGUGCAAGACUCUGAAAUCCCACUGCAAAUCAGAAGUCUUAGCGAGACAGAUCUGAACUUGACGCGCCGCGACUAUACAGCGCCAGAGGGUGCAGCACUCGACCCAGUCUUUGACAUCUCCUGGUGCUGUCGCGCUGAAGCUGGUGAUUCAUUUCUCCUCGUUGCAGGCGGUACACUGCAAGAGAUGCGAGGUCUUGGUCUUCUGGACUUGGGACCGCUUCCUUCGCGUACGGCUGACUACAGUAGCUACUUUGCCACCCCAAGACGACAAAAGAUUCUGCCACUCGAAUCCAGGCAAUUGGUCAGAACGAUACUCCCGCUCGGUACAGCAUCGCCCUUCUACGCUGCUUCACAUGAUUCUCAAGCUGCAUUGCUGCUCUUGGCAGAUGGUACCUGCACGGUAUUGAGUCUCCCGUCUGGUGCACCUGUCUCAUCAUCUGUACUGCCGCCACCUCUCGCAUUCGCCUGUCCACCUUGCUCCCUAUUCACAAUUUCUGAGAUGCCGCGCGCAUUACAUGCUGGUAUGUACGAUAAUGCAAGAAAACGACGCCUUCUCGAGCGUAACCUACUGAUUGGUGGCGCCCCUGCGAAACGUCGUCUCCGCUCAUUCGAGCAGCGCUUGGUGCUACUCAGUGUUCAUGGCCAGCAAAUACGCCUGAGUGAUAUUUCUCAUGCUGAAAUGGCUGAGGCUCCCUUGCUGAGUGUAGAUGUUGAAGCGACACUGCCCCAAGGAGGUCGCAUUAGCCAAGUGAGUCUUGCUGGCACUGCGGGAGAAUUGGCACUAGCAACGGCGACGGGCGGCGUGUUGAUUCUCAAAUACCCAAUACAUGCAAAUUCCGGCAUUGAAUCGCAUCCCGGCGAUGUAUCACAAGUGACGCCUCUGCCCAGUCCACUGCCAGAUGCGCAGAACCUCUUAUUUGGGUUUGAACCAUCUCAAGCAGCGGCAUUCAACCCGGUUUGUCUGUUGCAGGCGAAUCAGGGAAGUGUGACGACGGUCAAGAUGAGUGAUGUUGGGUUUGCAGCUAUUGGUUACGAAACAGGCAUGCUCUGCUUGGUAGAUAUGCGUGGACCGGCUAUUAUCUUCAUGGACACUUGCGAAAGACUGCAAAUACGAGCGGAAAAGGGCUUCUUCAAGCGAAAGAGUGUGUUUGAGCGUCCGUUGCCUGGUUCACAACCAGAGUAUGCAACUUGCUGCGAGUUCCUGACGAUGGGUAUCGAAGGCAGAUUAGCCAUCACGCUUGUCGUUGGUACCAGCAAAGGUCGGACGCUGAUCCUUGAAUUGCUCAAGGACGCACAAGGCAUGUUUAGCGCAGUUUUGAACCACGCAGAGACUGGUCAACCACAGGAAGGUGCCGUCACCUCCAUUCUUGGUUGUUUGGCUACCGGUGACGACCUGGCGGCACGACCAGAGCAUUUAGCAAUGCUACAGGAAGAUUCUGGCUUACCUGAAUGUCUGCUCAUUGUGACUGAAAAGGGAGUCCGUUCCGUGACUGGCAAUUUCAAAUCGACAUUGGGCAAAGCGGAUUGUCGGCAGUCGCCUGCUCGCUCAGCCGCACUCAUCACGAUUCCAGGGUCCAUCAAUCUCGUUUUGCUUGCCGUUGCAAGUGGUAGUAACGCUGUUGAGCUCUUCUCUGUACCUGCGUUGCGACCACUCGGUCAUCUCAUUACACCUGAACACGCCUCAGCCUCUAUGGUGCCCUUCAUCAGCACGCACGGGGAUGUCGUGUGUCAGUCUUCUUUGGAAGGCGGCGAACUGGCACUUAUCAAUAUGCUUGGCACAGGUGUCACAUUGCGAGACGUCCCACCGGAUGCAUUAUUUGAUGCUUUGAAACAGCCUGCAAUGGCCAGACCUACGAUCAGUAACUGGCAAUGGCUGAGCGGGACACAGCACAUCAAGCCAUCGGAUCUCGAUACGAUCUUGUCAGACGGCGUGCGUCCCCUCUCGAAACGUGCACAAGAAAGGAUUCGUGCAUCAGAAAAGCAGAGACAGCUGGUGGAGCGACAAGAACAGAUAUCACAGCAGCAGAAUGAGCGUGUCCGUGGUGCUCAGCGAGGAGCGCUGGGUCGCUCUCGAGAGGGUCGAGAUACAUACGGUGAGAUGCAGCAGCAGGGACAGGAACGGGGAGAGCGGAUGAGUCAGCUGGAUGAGACGUUUGAGAAUUUGAGCAAGGCUUCUGGUGAUUUUUUGACAGAGGUGGACAAGUUUGCGAGUAACGCAAAGAAGCAGGUUAUGCUUGGAGGAGCACGGAAGAUGUUUGGACUAUAGACAUGGAGGAUGAUGAUGAUGAUGAUUAUUGAGUCGCGUCGCGUCUCGAAUUUAUUUUUUGUUUUCUUCCGCGCGAGGGACAAAACAAAGAAGCCAGGGGCACAG